AAUAAUUGUAACAGUCGGGAGUGAACGGGUCCUGUUGUUUUUGUCGAAUUUUUGCUCCUGAUUUUCUUAUUAAACCGUGUUUACAAUUUACCUGAGUUGUAUCAGAAGAGGAUUUCUAUAAAGGCGCUUUCGUCUCGUCGAUUCAGGCACGUCCCCAGGCGUUAAAAUGCGGGGAAAAAGGACUCGUUUUCAUACCUGAAUGGGCCGAUAUUUUUUCAAAAAUGUCCGGAAAAUAAUUGAAAAAGAUCUAUUAUACAGAUAGAUUGAUGGUCGAAAGCGCCUCCCCGUGAUUUAGUCGUAAAAUGGGGAGCCUGGACAAGGCCGUCUUGACUGGUUUUAUAUGCAGGAUCUGCUCGAAAAUCAACAAAGUCGUCGUCCACGUUCAUGGAGAAGAAGGCGAAAAGAUCAACUUGGCGAGCCAGCUGCAGAACUACUUGGGCUUGGAUCUCUACAUGGACGACCACCUACCAAAGACAGUUUGCAACAGCUGCAUCCUCAAGCUGAAAAUGCACUACGACUGGAUGGAACUCAUAAAAACUGCUCAGCAGCAUAUCAACAAGGGAAAUAAAUCAAGGAGACAAGGAGAAUCUCAGCAAAAUGAUCAACAACCCACAUGAAAGAAAAAUUAUGAAGGAAGCCCCAGUUCCAUCAAAUUGUGAAUAAUUCCUUCCAACUAAAUAA